AAGAGAAUAGAAGGGGAGGAGAGAGUGAGGGGAGGAAAUGUCCUUGUAGGUCAGCUCGAUGGAUCCCGAAUACGGGGGAAUACGAGGACGGCCAAGGUAGUAAGGCGUUAAAAAAAUCCUCUAUAAGCCGGGCCCGCAUGCAAAACAUCGUGAGGGCUGCGUGCAAAACAGUGAUCACCUGAGAGAAUUCGAGUAGACAGAAAACAAGACAGCAAGAGGCGUAGAGAUCAGUAUGGCGAACACGCUGCAAGGUACCACCGUCCUCGUCACUGGCGCCGCCGGUGGCCUGGGAAAGGUGAUCGCGACGGCGUACCUGGAGGCGGGGGCGAACGUGGCGAUCUGCGAUAUCAAUGCGGAGCGACUCGCAGCAGCGGAGGAGGAGCUGACGGCUGUCGGGACGGCGGAGCGGUACCUGGGCGCGCGGACGGAUAUCACAGACGAGGCGGCGGUGACGGCGCUGGUCGACGCGGUCACGGCGCGGUUCGGCCGCCUCGACAUCCUCGUCAACAACGCCGGCAUGACCGACAAGUUCGACCCCGUCGGCGACCUCGAGAAGGCCCACUGGGACCGCGUCCUCAACCUCAACCUCACCGGCUCCUUCCUCUGCACCAAGGCCGCCGUCAACGCCAUGAAGAAGCAGAGCCCCGCCGGCGGCACCAUCAUCCAGAUCGGCUCGACCGCGAGCUGGCACGGCAUGUCUGCUGGCGUCGCUUACACGGUGAGCAAGCACGGGGUGGCGGCGCUGGUGAAGAGCACGGCGGGCUUCUACGGGGCGCAGGGGAUCUACGCGGUGGCGCUGAUGCUGGGCGGCAUGGUGGACACCAACAUCGCGGACAGCUUCCGCGCGCUCGGCGGCUUCAACCAGGAGGCGUACGCGCAGAGCAUCUCGGCCGGCUUCGACGCCCAGAAAGCCAUCCGCACCCGCGACGUCGCCAAGUACUGCGUCUUCCUCGCCGACCGCGACGUCGCCUCCUCCGCCAACGGCUCCUCCAUCGCCUUCAACCGGAACUGGCCCAACGCGUAGCGGGAGCGGCGCCCUCGCGCGCACACGACCGAUGGGGGGACGGAGGGACGGGAAGGGACGGGACGGGAUGGGAAGGGAUGGGAAGCGGGGAGGGGAGGGUAUGUGCUGUGUAGUGCAGACCUCAGGUAUGCAUACACUUUGCUCGUGUGCCUCGCUCUGGCUAAGGGGGUCGGGCGGGGGGGCGCAGGGAAGGGGAGGGAUGGGAAAGGGGUAGAGACGAGUCUUCGUGAG